GAGGAUCCAGCUGCGAAGCUCCCCAUCCCGCGAGUAUCGCUUGCAGAUAUCGGAUCACUGGAGCGUCUCGAAAACGUGCGGCAAUGGCUGAAUGAGUGCGUUGCAAAACACAAGCGAUGCCCUGAAAACGAGUCAGUUGAGCUGCCCACCAGACUGGUUGAAGUCUCGCCGCCGGACGCCCCCAAGUCUGCGCGUCUCCGCACCACGGGGGGUGAGACGGGAAGCUAUGCCACGCUCAGCUACUGCUGGGGUGGUCCACAGCCCUUCCAAACCGUCACGGACUCAUUCGCGGAUUACUCAACGACGCUCCCCUAUUCCAACCUGCCCAGGACCAUACUCGACGCGUUCGAAGUAACCAGGCGCCUCGGUCUCCGGUACAUAUGGAUCGAUUCCCUCUGCAUCAUCCAGGACGAUCUCGAGGACAAGAACCGGGAGCUGCCCCGGAUGCUCCGCAUCUACGAGAACUCGUUCGUCACAAUCUCAGCAGGCAGCGCAAGCUCCUGCAAUGAGGGUUUCCUAGACCCCCGUCUAGAUUCUCGCAGCCCACGGCAAUUGAGCGUGCGCAUCAACAACAACCAAAUCGGCACACUCGUCGUCGGCAAUCAGGAAGAAACUCUAGAAUUUAGCGACCACAUCAGCCAGCCGAUCAACAACCGCGCCUGGACACUCCAAGAGUCCUGGGUUGCUCCCAGACUCGUAGUAUUCGCCGGCCUCGCAGUCGUCUGGAAAUGCGCAUGCACCGGGUGGCACGGCGGACUGCCAAAAGGCCUCGGCAGCAUCGACGAUGACGACGGUGCACCGUACCUGGACUCUCUUCAGGCCGCUACCGCUCACGCCCACGUUCACAACUCCGCAACCCACCACGCCUGGCACGACCUCGUCGAGAACUACACCCGCCGCGCGCUCACCUUCCAAGGCGACAAACUCCCGGCAAUCUCGGCCGUGGCCGAGAAAUUUGCGCCCUUGCACGGCGGUGGUGGAGAUUACCUCGCUGGCCUGUGGCGCAAACACCUAGUAUUCGACCUCCUAUGGUACACCUCGUUGCCAUCAUCGGGCAAGGGUGGAGAGGGAGAGGGAGAGGCGCGGUUUACGAGCCAGGCACCGAGCUGGAGCUGGGCUUCUAACUCGGGGAGGAUCAAGUUCGCGGAUAAUUCGGCUCUGUACCUUCAUAUCUUGCCGUUGUGCAGCAUUUUGGAGUGUGGUGUGGUGCUCACGGCCGAAGGGGUGACGUAUGGGGCGGUGGUUGGGGGGGAGCUGGUAGUC